UGUUAAGCUCAAUUUUUUAGAUACAUUAUUAUACCUCAUGAAGUGAUUUGGAAUUUUCUGUAAACAUAAGAUUCACGGAUAUAGGAAUAUAUAUAUGGGAGAGACAAUAAUAGAAAAUGUAUAUUGUAUUGAAGUAGAAGAGAAAACCAACUAAGAAUGCAUCACAAGAGGGACCAUAACAAAAGUGAACAUUGUAAUAGAUACAAAGAAAAAUAAUGGCGUUUAAACCAAAAUUUGCUAGACCUCAAAAACCAAAAGUGCUUUUAAAAGCCUCCAAUCGUAUCCUUGACACCUCACAUCCUUAUACUUCUAAUCAACACAAAACUGACACGUGGCAACAUUAUUAUGCUUUCAGAAUCCAUUUCUCAACAAUCAUAUAAGCUUUUUUUAGUAUAAAUAAGAGAUGAUUCUUCCUAGACCAAUGUGCUAUGAGUCUUAUGUAUGUUAACAUUUUACCUUAGCUACUUUCUUCAAAUUCAUUCUCCUCCAAUUAUCUUUAUGAAACAGAUAAUUUUGUCUAUAUAUAUUGAAACAACAAUUUAGUACUAACAUUUUUGUUGUUUCAUAUUGUCACAUACAUAAACAUGGAUUUUAUUCAUGGAUUGUUUAUUCUAUGGAUUACCUUAAUACUUAUCAACCAUAAUUUGAAAAAUGUGGAAGGAAGGAGCCACUUUCACAAGGAAAAGAAAGUAACUUCCGCUAAUCCUUCCGAGUCUUCCAAUUCUUCCCCUAGUGUUCCUUCUGAUCCUUAUCCGAACGAUCCUCGCGACUCGUCUUCAGACUGUGUUUUCGAUGUGAGAGACUUUGGAGCGGUUGGAGAUGGUUUAGCUGAUGACACACCUGCAUUCAAGAAAGCAUGGAAAGAAGCUUGUGUUGUAGAGUCAGGGGUUAUGCUUGUUCCGGAAAAUUACACAUUUAAAAUCACUUCAGUUAUUUUUUCAGGUCCAUGCAAACCAGGAUUAGUAUUUCAAGUGGAUGGUGUGCUAAUAGCACCAGAUGGACCUGAUUCAUGGCCAGAAGCAGAUAGCAGAAAUCAAUGGCUAGUAUUCUAUAAACUUGACCAAAUGAGUCUUAAUGGUACAGGAACCAUAGAAGGCAAUGGAGAUCAAUGGUGGGAUCUUCCCUGCAAACCUCAUAGGGGUCCAGAUGGAAAAACUUUAUCAGGACCAUGUGGUAGUCCAGCUAUGAUUCGGUUCUUCAUGAGCUCCAAUUUGAUGGUGAGUGGACUGCAAAUUCAAAACAGUCCUCAAUUCCACAUGAAAUUUGAUGGCUGUCAAGGUGUAAUGAUUGAUAGGUUAUCCAUUUCUGCACCUAAACUUAGCCCAAACACUGAUGGAAUCCAUGUUGAAAACUCACAAGAUGUUGGGAUAUACAACUCCUUAAUAAGCAAUGGUGAUGAUUGUAUCUCAAUAGGACCCGGGACUUCAAAUAUUGAAAUAGCUGGUGUGACUUGUGGUCCUAGCCAUGGGAUUAGCAUUGGAAGCCUAGGUGUACACAACUCACAAGCAUGUGUGUCAAACUUAACAGUCCGUGACACGGUGAUAAGAGAAUCAGACAAUGGACUAAGAAUAAAGACAUGGCAAGGUGGAAUGGGAUCAGUGUCAAAUUUAAAAUUCGAGAACAUACAAAUGGAAAAUGUAGGAAACUGCAUCCUUAUAGACCAAUACUAUUGUUUGACAAAGGAAUGUCUAAACCAAACUUCAGCUGUUCAUGUGAAUGAUGUGUCCUAUAAAAACAUUAAGGGUACUUAUGAUGUUAGAACUGCUCCUAUUCAUUUUGCUUGCAGUGACACUGUUGCUUGCACAAACAUAACACUUUCUGAGGUUGAGCUUUUACCAUUUGAAGGUGAGUUGUUGGAUGACCCUUUUUGUUGGAAUGCGUAUGGUUUUCAAGAGACAUUGACUAUACCUCCAAUUGGUUGUUUAAGGGAAGGUGAACCUGAGGCUGUGGGUGAUCUUUCUACCUAUCAAUGUAGUAAUUAGUUAAUCAUAUUGCUCUAUAUUUGGUGUCUUAGGUACAAGAUAUAUUAUAGUGUUACAUAGGUAUAGAGUGUCUUAUAAUAUGAUAUCCAUUACAUGUUUUGAUGGUUUUGGUUUUGAUGUAUGCCUCUUAGGAUUCGUCCCUAUUUGGGUGUAUUUUCCCAUAGUGAGUGAUGAGAUUGUGAAUUGGUUCAAUUAUUUGGACCUAGAUUGUGACAACCUGAUUCAACAUUUAUAUAUAUUGUUGGCUGAAAUUGUUUACGUUUUUUCAAUACUAACAUGUAUGAAGUGGAUAGGCAUUUA